AUGCAGGUUGGACAUGUGGGCAUUGUCUGGCAAAGAAGAGCAAACACAUCCAGAAGAAUUGUCAGUGCUUCUAUAGUCAAAAAACAGAAGAUCUUGAUAUUUCUGAUUUUGUUCCUGUAUGUGACCAUGUGGUUAUCAGGAAAAAGCUGGGAGACCUCACAGGGGAUCCAAGAAUGUAAUUACUAUCAGAAUCACGAUGUUUCCAAGAACCUUGGUAAUCAACUCAAGAACCAACCAAAGGCACCAGUCAAAGCUAUGGGAAUGUGGUUGACAGAGAGCCUAGACAUCCUUCAGGAGCGACUGGAGCAAGAAUUAAGGGCCCUGGAACAACAAGUGAAAGACCUGGAAGAAUGGUUAGAUUAUCACUUAAGGGAUCUGGGAUCAGAUGAAAAGUGUGUAACCCUCACAAGUCACAUGUAA